CAAAAAUAAAAAAUUGUACAGUACAUAAAUAUAAAUUAUGUAUGGAUUAUAUCUUUUAGACGUUUACGUGUCCCAAUUAAUGAUAAAUAAGGAGGCAUACACAGACACAGGCGGAUCAACGCUUGUCACGAAAGUCGUGUUCAUUAAUUUCCCAGCCACUGAGAUCUUAGAGCGCGAUCGAUCUGUUAAAAACGAUAUAAUUUACAUUUACAAGUUCAAUGGUGGUCAAUCUUUUCAUUUCUUAAUGUCAUGCGAAGAAAUGGUCAAAAAGAUGAAGAGACUUUUUUUAAAAAUUGGCGUUUUUAGACUAGACGACAAUUUUCCUAUUUGUUCCACUCAGACACGUCUUAGCGGCUGUGCAUGUGACUUGGGCAAAGUAUGUGUCGAAGAUCCAACACCGUUUGUAUUUAGUGGCCCAUUCGAAUUAUUCGACUCUGGUAACAGUUUUGCUGGCUACAUAGAUCUGGAUGUCACAGUUAUAAAUCUAGGAAGAAGUCUCGUAACUCCAUACGCCCUCGCACCCAAUUGCUUUGUCUUCAAAAGCCACCCCCAGGGGCCAGAAUAUAAGUGCAACGCUAAGGAAUUAUCGGAGCUAUCUAAAGGAAUGAGCAUACCGGUCGGAGAUAAUUUAGCGACCAUGGGAAAUCUCAUGAUGGAUAAUCUAUUGGAUACCGCUCCACCGGGCAACCUAAUGAAAGAUAUCGUUGGAAUUUCUCCGGUAGCUGAUUACCUUGCUCUAGGAAGUCCGCCUCCUAAAUUACCGCGCCCACCUUUAGUAGAUCCAACAUUGAUUACGCGUAAGAAAAAAGGCAAAAAAAAUAAAGGGAAGAAAUAA